AUGUCGUCAAUAGGUGGUUUUUUUAAAAAUAUAUGUCAUUACUCACAAUUUUGUCUUCCCGUAACGUUAUCUGAAUCUGGUUUUAAACCAUUUGUUAUCUCAUUUUUAAUAUGUUACGUUGUUCAAGUAUUGGCAAUUGUUUUCUUUACGGAGGUACUACAAAAAGCUUAUUGUAAAAAUGUUGAAACUUUAGAAAUGAGUGACAAAGAUAAUGCACCAAUUCAUAUCGAAAAAAAUGAACCAAAUACUUACGGUUCAGAUUACGAUUUAGCGUCAAAAACAGGUAAAAUUCGUCAAUUAGCUACAUACAAACAGUGUUUUAUCUAGAUUUCGUUUUUCGGGUGGUCGGUUCAAAUUUUUGGAGGAACUGUUGGCUAAAAGAAUUUUUUCUAAAACUAAAUCAACUGUUUAUUUUCGGAUGGGCGAUGCCCAUCCGGCCCACCCACUAGAUAAAUCACUGCAUACAAAACAACCAUUUAGAAUAAAUAUUAUACGUCGAUAUAGAAGUUCACUAACUGUUUGUCUUCAGUACAACAUAUAACGGUUAAAUUUUAAAAACUCGUUGACUUUUGUUAUCUGAAGCAAAAUACUUACAAUAUUCUGGUAUAUUUGUUGAGAAGUUAAUUGGUAUGAUAUGGUGAGAGCUUAUAUGUAAUUUUGGCAUAAACGUGAUUCUCUAUCACAAUUUGAAUGAGUAGUUCUGUUCACUAUCAGAAAAUGUCAAAAUGAUUUAAUCAAAUUAGUCAUGAGUGAAUAGAUCGCUCAUCCGAAAACAUCAUGUACAUCAAUAAUGUAAUAAUAUAACUUAUACUCUUGUGUUUGAUUGUCUGUAAAAGAUACAGAUAAACAAGCAUUUUCAUGCAAAGUUUAUAUUUAGUUAUUAAUUUAUUUAAAAAAAUUUUCAGAAAUGUCUAGAAGAUUUUGACAAAAAUGUCUCGAGCAAUACCAGCAAUUCAAAACUUUUUGACUUAAGGAUCUUACGAAGUGGCCUUCCCUCUUUAGAAAUACAUAGCGAUAUAAACUAUGUAUGACGUAUAUUAUGCUACACGUCGUUUGCCCUUUGUACUGGUUACUUUAAGGGCCCCCCACCCCUCAAAAAAAGCAUUUUUCGACAAAAAAAUCGAUUUGGAUAUUUAUGCAUAGUUGUAUAGCCCAAUAUAUCUGCUUUCGAAUGCACUAUGAUUUAUUGGUUUUACG